CUUAUGAAUGCAGUCUAGCACUCGCUCCCCCGCAGGCCGCAGCCGGACUAAAGACACCCACCAUCUUUCUCCCUUCCGGGCUAUUUCUCCGCGCUCGCAGUACUCGCCGUAUCACUACACCAACCCACCUCUAGGACUAGGAGGAGCAGCAGCAGUAGCCGCGGGAGAUGGCGAAAAGCGUAAAAGCAGCCGGCGAUGCAGGGGAAGGGGAGUGGCUCAAGGUCGCCGAGCUGAAGGCCAUGGCCGGAACCCAGGACCCACAUGCCAAGGAGGUGGACAACCUGACGCUGAGGAGGUUCCUGCGGGCACGGGGCCAGGACGUGGGCAAGGCGUCGGCGAUGCUCCUCAAGUCCGUCGCGUGGAGACGGGACGCCGUGCCGGGCGGCGGUAUCCCACCGGAGCGGGUGCAGGCGGAGCUGUCGAACCAGAGCGCCUCCAUGUGUGGCGUGGACCGAGCCGGCCGCCCCGUUCUGCUCGUCUUGCCGGCCAAGCACUUAUCGGCCAACCGCGACAUGGCCGGCUUCAAGCGGUAUAUUAUCUACUUGCUCGACAAUAUUUGUACCAGGAUCCCUCGAGGGCAGGAGAAGUUUCUGUGCAUCGUGGACCUGAAGGGGUGGGGGUACGCCAACUGCGAUGUCAGGGCAUACAUAGCGGCCAUUGAGAUCAUGCAGAACUACUACCCAGAGAGGCUGGGCAAGGCGCUCAUGAUCCACAUCCCUUACCUGUUCAUGAAAGCCUGGAAGAUGGUGCAACCCUUCAUCGACGCCAACACCAGAGAAAAGUUCGUCUUCAUCGACGACAAAAAACUAGGGGAGACUCUGCGGCGGGAGCUAGACGAGAGCCAGGUGCCGGAGGUGUACGGCGGGAAGCUGGCACCAGUUCCCCUCACUUAGGAGGAGUAUGCUCGCACGGGAUGACGGCAUGGGUUCUCAAGAAGGAUAUCGAUGGAUCGUCUUUGUUGUGGACCUUGUGGUUUAGUAGUGUAACAAAUUAAAGACGGUUUAGUCGUGAAGAUGUAACUGCGACAGACGCGCAGCUCGCUUGCAUUGUCACUUGAUUGCAGUGCUUGGGACUGCUCUGCUCCGUGUGUGUUGUCCGACCGGUGCUAACGUCGAGCAGCCUCGUCGAUAAUGGAGAUUCAGUUAUACAGUCUUAUAGAUA